CCCGCCUAGCCUUCUCGCCAUGUCUUCUCACAAGACUUUCAGAAUCAAGCGAUUCCUGGCUAAGAAACAAAAGCAAAAUCGUCCUAUUCCUCAGUGGAUUCGGAUGAAAACUGGCAACAAAAUCAGGUACAACUCCAAGAGAAGACACUGGAGGAGAACGAAGCUGGGUCUGUAAGGAGUCAACAAUGAAUGGCAAAACAAUGAUGAAUUGUGAUCCU